AUGGCCGCUAUCACUGAUGCUAACAAUGCUAAACAAGUUCAGGACUUGAACACCAAGCUCCAGCAGUUCGCCUAUGUCGAAGGGUAAGGUUUAUAUUAUUUUUUCUUGUUUUUAGGCGAUCUUUUGGUCUUCUGUGGAUAAAAUUAAGAAUAAUUGAUUGUAUUAUUGCUCUUAAAAUGAUCUUUUUGUAGAUACGAACCAACUGCUGCUGAUGCCGCUACUUUUGCCGUCUUCAAGAAGGCCCCAACUCAACCAGCUUUGGCUCGUUGGUACAAACACAUUGCUUCCUUCAGCGAAGCCGAACGUAAAGCGUAAGUUAGUUUUGUUUGUGUUUAAGGUUUUUAGAUAUAAAUUAGAGGUUUUUAUCUUAUUUGAAUGGGUUUUGGAGAGAAAAACUAUGUUAACAUGGCUGAUGUGAUAGAUUUUGUUAAAGUCGUUGUCCACUCGAAACUCGACUUGUAUUUGAGUUAAAGUUAGAGUUAUAAGAUUCUAAAAAGACUUUUCUGUAUUAUAAAGUUAGUUUGACUAUUAUAUUGAUCUUAUUUAGCUGGAAAUCAGGAUCCGGAGCCUCGACCUCAGCUGCUGCCCCAGCCGCCAAGGACGACGACUUCGACCUGUUCGGAUCAGAUGAAGAAGACGAUGAUGAGAAGGAGAGAAUCAAGCAAGAGCGUCUGAAGGCCUACGCCGAGAAGAAGUCCAAGAAGCCAGGACCAAUUGCCAAGUCCAACAUCAUCUACGAUGUCAAGCCAUGGGACGACACCAUUGACCUUGAGGCUUUGGUCAAGAAGAUCAAGGAAGAGGUCGCCAUGGACGGUUUGGUAUGGGGAGCUCACAAGAUCCUUCCUAUCGCCUAUGGAGUCAACAAGAUCCAGCUGAUGUGUGUUGUUGAGGAUGACAAGGUAUCCUCUGACGAUCUUGAAGAGAGAAUCACCGGUUACGAAGACGAGGUUCAAUCCGUUGAUGUUGUUGCUUUCAACAAGGUCUAA